UAAACGCUUAGCACUGUCACAUAAGCGCAUCAAAACUCCCCCUCAGCGGUAGAUACCAGCCAAUGAAAACGCACACAACACUGAGGGGGGAAAGUAGAGUUAACAGGGGACAUAUACUGAGAUAAGAUACGUCCCAUUACUAAACAGAAAAAACAGAAGUUGAGAAGGCACAGAAGCGACUCGCAUUCCUUUCAGCUACCUGAAAACGUAAUUGAUGUGGAAGUGUGACCGACGUGGUUAGUGUGUAUGUCUUGCCUGGCUCACAGUAGGCUACCGUUCAUUCUCGGAGAUGCGGAUGUUAAUUCUUGUGAUUUCUGAAAUUCCCUUGGUCUCUUUUCGUGACACUCACAUAUGCUGAACCAGCGCAGAACGGACCCAGGUAAAACUUCCAACUCGAAUAUCUCCUGCACACCUGAGAGAUUUGGACGUAACUCUUCUGCAUAGUAUGCAAUUGGACGUAACAGUACAGACAUUACAGUACCCUAAGGAGUUUUCUAUAAUUUGGUAGAUAACUAAGUCUGUCAUUCACUGUGCGCUCGCUUUGUGGGUCAGGUAUCUCGCAGGUAGCUCCCGACUUUCCAUAGUCUCAACUUGCGUAUUGACAUUUAUUGAAGCGGCAAUACAGAUCGACAAGUUGAGCGUCAUUCAUCACUACAGGACACAUCAAUAAACAUGGAAAGCCCGGGUGGUGGUGUUAUUUUGUAUGCAGGCUCCAAUGGCAGCACCAGUCCCAGCCCUGGCAGCCCCUCCAGUGGGUAUCAGACCCAGUCGCCCUCCCACUCCCAGCCCUCCUCCCCAGAGGAGGUCACUUUCACAGAGCUGAGGCCGAUGGGUUCCCUGAAGGGCCAGAUAGGGGAGGGAUGCACACCCCCAUCCUCCAAAAUGGUCUUCCAGUUCCCAGAAGUCUACACUGUAGCCACACCAACUUCUAUACACCAGCACACCUACCAACACCCCAUUGCGAGUAAAAGGCCAUGUGGAAUCACAGGAACUUUCACCAAGACUGGUGGGAUGGUACUCCUGUGCAAAGUGUGUGGAGACAUUGCGUCCGGGUUCCACUAUGGAGUGCACGCAUGUGAGGGUUGCAAGGGUUUUUUCCGUCGCAGCAUCCAGCAGAACAUCAACUACAAGAUGUGCGUGAAGAACGAGAACUGCCUGAUCAUGAGAAUGAACCGCAACCGCUGCCAACACUGUCGGUUCAAGAAAUGCCUCUCCGUCGGCAUGUCCAGAGAUGCUGUGCGUUUCGGCCGUAUCCCUAAGAGGGAAAAGCAGAGGCUUCUGGAUGAGAUGCAAAGCUACAUGAACAGCCUGAACGACACCAUGGAACUGGACUCCAUCUCCGAAAACCUUCCCAGCCCAGCAGAGGCUCCCUGUAAAGAAGCCAUAGGAGCCAUUUCACAGGCCUAUCAGGAAAUUUUCGCCAGUAGCCAAGACAGAGCAGCAAAGAGGGGUAUCAAUGUCAAUAAUAACAAUAACAGCCUCCCAGCAACAUGCCCCUUCAAGGGCAACACAUCUGAGGAGGCCACAUAUGGGUCCUCCCACCCUAGCUCUGGCUCCGCCCAGGGUUACCAAGCCUGUCUAGCAGGCCCCGCCCCUCGCUGCCCAGUCACCAAUGACAAUCAACAUUCAUUCCUCCCCGUGGACAACGGCCGCUAUAGUUACUCUGCAACAUCAAAUCAGAACAAUGGACAGUCCAAUAUGGGCAGCACACCUCAACAGCCCAACUUGGCCAAUCACAGUUUCUCCAUGAAGGAAGAGACCCAAGAGCCCCAAACCCAGCCAUCCUGUCCAUGGAAUUUGGCAGCAGGCACCAAAGUGCUGGCCUGUCCUCUAAACCCAUGUCCUGUAUCUGUGGCCAGUCGUUCGGGACAACAGAUAUGGGAGUCUUUCUCCCAGUGUUUCACCCCAGCAGUGAGGGAAGUGGUGGAGUUCGCUAAGGGCAUCCCUGGCUUCCAGGAGCUGAGCCAGCAGGACCAGGUCAUGUUGCUCAAAUCAGGCACAUUCCAGGUGUUGAUGGUGAGGUUCUGCGCCCUUCUCAACCCAGAGGAGCGAACAGUGACCUUCCUGAAUGGCCAGACGUACCCCCAGUCCACCCUGCGAGGCCUGGGGAUGGGGACACUGCUUGACGCCAUGUUCGACUUCAGCGAGAACCUGGGAGCUCUGAGGCUGGAGCCUGAUGAGAUUGCCCUGUUCAUGGCUGUGGUGCUGGUUUCUGCAGACCGUUCGGGCAUUUCUGACACGGCUGCCGUAGAACAGCUCCAGGAGGGUCUGAUCCACGCCCUGCGAUCCCUCAUCCAUCGCCGCUGUCCCGAACAGAGCGCCGCCAUCUUCCCCAAGCUGCUCCUUCGCCUGCCCGACCUCCGCACCCUCAACAACCUGCACUCUGACAAGCUGCUGGCCUUCCGCAUUGACCCCUGAACCAGCCUGAACACACGCAAACACACACACACACACACACAUGCACAGGCACUUAUGCGUAUACACAAAGACGUUCAGAACUAGCCCACCACCACUUUCUCAGGGCAUGACUUCCUGGAGACUCACCAUGAGAAGAACCACGACUUGAAAAUUUUUUGAAAGAGAACAAUAAUGAACAGAAUCUGAUCUUCACCCAGAGGAUCAGUCCAUGCAGACUUGUGCUCAUACACAGAAAACCUCAAGAUCUCCACUUGGUGGUCAUUUAGAACGUACAUCAGUGUUUUAGGCUAAUCAUAACCAUUUUGGACAGAUUUGAUGUGUAUAGCAGUUUAACAAUUUAUUUCUAGUGUUUAGGAGAAUAAAAGCCAGUUAGUUAAUUUACCGUACUACCGUUUUAUUUAAACCUAAUCUCCUGACCUUUGCCAAACCAGUUAAGAGAUUAUAUGAGAAGAUGCUUAUGGACAAUGAUAGGCUAAGGACCAUUAUUGGUGACAUUAUGUGUGGAAGUUUAAUGCAUAAGAGAAAAGGACCUUGUAUAUAUUAAAUACGUAGUUAAAACUUUACAGGUUAAGAUCGAAUUACUCCCAUUUCACAUACAAAAACAUCUGGGGUUUAAAUAUGCAAUUAAAUCAGAAAUAUAUUCUACAUACUUGUUUCAUAUAGAAAUGCUAUAUUCCUAUAUUAAUAGGUCGGCAUCAGGAAUCAUGGACGAAGACCCAGGACUUUGUCUCCCACCAUGUUGGGUUUUGUACUCUGUGUUGUUUUGAUUGUGAUGUUGUGAAUAAAAUGUCAGUGUCUCUUAUGUACAAUAUGACGGAUCUGCUGGGCGAGAUCAGAGUUCAGUGAACAGAAGACGGGUAUAAAGGAGAGGCCAUAGGAAUGUAAUGGAGCGUCUGUGCGCGACUGUAGAGGGUACUUGUCAGCACUGACGAUGUGGGCUGAGAGGAUCGUUUUGAAGGGGGCGGGACAUGUGCCGUGUCAGCCAGUGCGCUGACAGCAAUGUGAUCAGAUGUUGGACCAAACCAGCAGAAUUCGAGAAUUCACCAGCACUUCCUACUCCACAACCUGCAGCAGGCACAUCCCCAAUACCCGUACCUAAUGCUUGUCAAGCGAAAACAAAAUACACCUUUAGGGUGAAAAGGGAAUCUGAUUGCCACUAUUAAGUGCAAAUUGAGAUUAUUGUUGAUUGAGCGCAUCCUGUAUAUUUUGUAAGUUGUUAUUUCUUCCAUAAAAUUGAUAUAAAGAUGAAAUUAUGUAACUAUCGAA